UGGGGGUGGUAAAACUAGUCUGGUGGAGGCAGCCGUGGUGUUAUAAACCACACACCCUGAAUGGUUUGGUAAGGGCUAAUGUUACGUUCGCACCUCCCAGUUCCAGUUAGUUUGGUCUCUCACAUCAACAGGGUUUUUACUUGUUCUAUCUCCAUUGUUUUUUUUCCUCCACUGAAAGGGGAAAUGGUGGUCCUUUUUCUGUGGUUCUGCGCCGCCGCAGUUUUUUUCUCUGCCAGCUAGCUAUUCAGACUGCCUCUUGCCUGUCCUGUGUUGCAAUAACCUCCCCCUCUAGGCCCAGUGGGGCAGGAGACUAGGCCACGUGGACUAACGCUUACUGCUCUGUCCUCUCCUCUACAGACCCGUGAAGAGAGGAAGAUGGAAGCCAUCCUGCAGGCCUUUGCCCGCAUGGAGAAGAGGGAGAAGAGGCGGGAGCAGGCCCUGGAGAAGAUUGGCACCAAGUCAGAAGGGGGCAUCAAGGAGGAGCCCCCUGCCACCCCCGAGGCCGACAUGCAGUCUCCUAAUAUCAUGACGCCUCUGCUAGAGGUGAAGGAGGAGCCGAGUCUCAACAAGCCCACGCCGGCCAAGCUGCGAGGCAGCAAGCAGAGGAAGAGCUUCUCGCGGAGCCGCACCCACAUCGGGCAGCAGAGGCGGCGAGCGCGCACCAUCAGCACCUGCUCUGACAUACCUCCCGGUUCGCCCGGGGAACUCCUGGACCCCCUGGCCAAUGAUAGCCCAGACGUAGAGGCCUCCAGGGACCCCGAACCAGAGGCCCUCUCCUCCCAUGCCCCUGACACCAGCCCCCCUUACAGUGGCUCCCCGGCCCCUGACAGAAACCGCUCCGGGCAGAAGUACCCUAAAACUAAAAAGCACUUAGUGAGUGAGUGGUGCGUCGACAAGCAGGAACGAUCAUUGCGGACCCCAGAGCCGGUCCCGGAGAGGCCCCUGAGAAUCAGCAGCGACCCUGAGGUGCUGGCCACCCAGCUCAAUGCCCUGCCCGGCAUGGGCCCCAGCCCGCACGUCUACAGCACGCCUAAACACUACGUCCGCUUUUCCUCGCCCUUCCUGGCCAACCGCAGCCCCACCACCCCUGGGGUGCCCACCGGACGCCGGCGUUCCCGCGAGCUGCCCGACACGCCGCCCACCUCAGGCUCCUGCAAGAAG